AUGAACUGGAAAAACCCACAUCCUGUAUCAGAUUGGAUGAAAGUUGAUCCAAGCAAAUUGAACCUCAAAAACUUCAACAGACCAAGCAAAAUAGAACCAUCUGCCAGUCUUAGAAAACUUGCAACACUCCCCAGAACUCCAGUCACAAGAAGUCAAGUUGAUAAAUCAUUUAGAAGGCAGUCAGCUGGAAUUAAAGCAAGAAAUUCUCUUCCUUCUGACUUGAAUAUCUUGCCAUUUUCUAAUUCAUCAUCAAGUCUUUUGGUGGAAGAUGACUUGAAUGCUUUUUAA